GCGCGGUUGAGCACUAGCCUGUCGGGGGGUCGAUUUACCUCUCCUUUCCUCCUUUUCAUUCUCGUCGUGGUCGUAAACGCGCUUUGUGCCUGUAACCAUGCGUUUCAGUGCACCACGUUCUCUGUCACCUUCACCCGUUCGCCAAUCAAGAAGAAAGUCGACACGGAGAUCAUCAAAUCCCAAACGUGUUCGAGUAGAGCCACCCAUACAGAAGCGGCACAGUUCGACUUUUGGAAUCGUUUCCGACGAUGAGGAUGAAUCAACAGACUCGUAUGAUAGCGAGAGCGAGAGCUAUACCGGCAGCGACUCGGGAGAAGAAUCCGUUCCUGGUUCUUCAGAUUCGAAUUCAGAUUCAGACUCGUUCUGUUAUGGUUCUGAAUCUGAAGUACCUCGACCACUUAGGAACGAGAGUCUAUCAUCGUCACGAACAAAUCGAGAACAGAAAUACAUUGAAGAGACUAUCUCUGCUAUACGAUUAAGAGCACGACAUUAUGAUCCUUAUGAAGAGUGGGAGAAGGAAACCAGGAAAGAAUCUUUGCGGGUAGCGCGCAAAGAACACGCAACGUCCCAAUCCAAACUCCACACCUCCCAAGCCACCCGCCACACACAAGAAACCGAACGUUUAGCGUUCCUGCUAACGAGGCAAGAAACCGACGUCAACAAUUUCCUUGAAAAGUUUCGAUUUCAACAACAACAACAAGAAGCUAAACUCCGUGAACAAUGGGAUGUACGAAACAAAUUCUUAUGGGAUCGAGUGGAAAAGGGGAUUAAACUUGACCAGGACAAAGCUCAUGCAAAGUGGGAUGAGGAAAGGAGGAAAAAGGAAGCUGAAGAGAAAAGACGAAAGGAAGAAGAGGAACGGGUGAGGAGGGAGGAAGUUCAGAGGAGGUUGGAAGAGGAGAAGAAGAAACAGGAGGAGGAAGAAGAGCUGAAGAGGAAGGAAGAAGAGAGGCAGAGGAAGGAAGAGGAAGAAAGGAAGGAGAGAGAGGACAGGGAACAGAGGGAGAAGGAGACGAAGGAGAGGACUGAGAGGUUGAAAACGGAAGAGUCUGCUAGGAAACAGGCGAGGAUGACUACACCGGAAGAGGAUUGGCUCACGGCGAGGCAACAUUUACAUAUCGCCAAGUCCCAGGGAACGAGAGUCGUCAAGAACGACCCAGGGAUGAAACCCAGAUACCUCGCUGGACGCCGACAAAUCGUACCCAAAAUCGGGCAGGUCACCAACGAUCCUGAAUCCAUAGCUCGCGUUUCUGCCCAACUCGUGCAAAUCCUCCUCCCAACCCACGGUUCUCCCGUGUACAACGCCUUACUCUCCGCACUCGCCAAAUGCUUCAUCCUCCAAGCCGAAACAGAAGUGACAGCAGAAAAACGCUCAGUGGAGCCCCUUGCCAAAGUAGCGUUCAAUUGUUUAGAUGCACUCCAAGGUUUUCCCGAAGUGUUUUUUGCAAAGAUCGUUCAGAGGGUCGGAGGUUGGGCGAUACCUAUCUAUGCUCGGAGUUUGCCUCCGAUGGAUCAUGAUGGGAGAGUUUGGAAGGAUGUACAGGAACGGAAGAAGGUUAUAGGGUAUCGUGAAGGAGAGAGUGAAAGCGAGUAUAGUGAUAGGGUUAUGGGAGUGAUGAGACUUUAUUUUGCGACACUCAAGGUGGUGCCUAGGGAGAGACCGUUGAGUGGGAUGUGGAGGAUGACGAGGGCGUGGGUUUGGAUGGCGAGAGCGGUUGGUGAGAGGGAGGUUCUGGAGAGUCCUAUUGGGGCUGGAGUUCUUCAUGUUGUCCUUGAAACCCUCGGUUCGGAUGCUAAACAGAUAUGGGGAGUACAAUUCGUCAAAUUGUUGGCGUUGUUGUAUCAAGGUUCCACGAAAGGUUUGGAAAAUGGUAAACUUUUGGGUGGAGAUUCGCCGGAGGGGAUUGGAGCUAGGUCGAGGGUUCGGUUGGAGAUCGAGAGUAUCAUGAGUGGGACUGCGUAGAUGAAAUCUGAGGAUGUCCUUUUAUUGCUUCCCCCCUCAUCUCUCAUAAUCUUAUCCUCUUCUUCAUGCAUCUCGUCCCCGUGUAUUUCUAGCAACUUGUCAUAUUUUCGGAGACAAAAAACUAGCGCAUUCAUCACUCUGAUACAGAAUGGCGCU